ACACGGGUAAACUAUAACAGGAAGAUCAAAACCCCCUGGUAUCUUUUACUUUAAACCCUACUGACGCAAGCGCCGUGAGCGCCACCGAUCCAUGGCUCACCGACGGUGCUUGCAUGCACUAAGCCGCCAAGCUGCAGCUAUUUUCUCUCUUAAAACUCCUCAGCCUUCCCUCUCUAACCUCAUAUCCUUUAAAAUCAUAACUCGAACCCAGCACCAGUCCGACAUUUCUUCAAAGUUUGGCACCUCUUGGAGCACCCCCUGGUCCUACUCUCGCCAUUUUUGCUCUAACAAAAAUGGUGAUGACGACGACGACGACGACGACGAAGACGAAGACUACGAAACCGAAGCGAGUUCGGGUGAAGAGGAAGAUGACGAUACUGUCCCUCAGUUGCAGCGGCAGUACACUGUAGAGGAGAAAGAAGCUGAGGCCGCUGAGAUCGGGUACAAAUUGGUGGGACCACUUCAGAAAUUGGAACGGGUUUUUAAACCUUACGAACCAGUUUUUGCUAUUGUUCAGAUUGGGUCGCACCAGUUUAAGGUGAGCAAUGGGGAUUCGAUAUUUACUGAGAGAUUAAAGUUCUGUGAAGUGAAUGACAAGUUGAUUUUGAACAAGGUUCUCUUGUUGGGUUCACAAAAUCAAACUAUCAUAGGUAGGCCCAUAGUACCAGAUGCAACAGUUCAUGCAAUUGUUGAGGAGCAUGCAUUAGAUGCAAAAGUUAUUAUUUUUAAGAAAAAGAGACGGAAGAAUUACCGUCGUACUAAAGGACAUCGCCAGGAGCUUACUAAGUUGAGAAUAAUUGAUAUUCAAGGAAUUGAGAAACCAGAAAAAGAAAAGGUAGCAGUUGCUGAGUAGGAAAUAUUUUUUCGCAUGGUAUCAUUAGCUUAACGGCUCUCUAUACUUGGGAACUACUGAGUUGUGACUUCUUUUAAUACUAUAUUAUCAGCGGUCUCAUUCCUGAUUUGGCCUGUCAUCCAGUGAGGUUCCUGUUUUAAGUUUUUAGUUAAAUUGGAGUUGUUUCUUCCCUCUGCUUAAUAUUUGUUUACUUAAUAAUUUUGAGUUUAUUUGUAUUUGUAAUCCAAUUGAUGAAAUUUCAGUAGACAAAAGAAACAACCUUUUUCUCUCCAAAUAGAUAUUGUUACCAUAGUGGGUGAAAUGGUAGAAAUUAUUGUUACAUACCGAGAUGUUGAAAGACAUUUUGUUGAAUGCAAAUUAUCAAUAGAAUUCGCGCUUAAAUUUAUGAA